AUGAAUCUUAAAGAAUCUCUCAAGACUAAAAUAGUAAAGGAAGUGUUGACUUUGUAUGAAAAUACUUGGUUUGUAUUAGGUUAUGAUUUUGUUGGAGGUAGUAUUAUAUCUGAUUUCUUUAAGAAAAGUGAAUUAGUUGAUUAUUCUAUCUUUACUACUUUUCUUAUUAAAAUGAAGAAGUAUCAAAUGGACUACCCAAUUGUUUAUUUUGUUGAAAACACUCCUGAGAACUACAAGACUAUUAAGAAAGAGUUUGAUAAAAAGUUAUUUUCUAAGACAAUAGUAGUAGUUAUUGGUGAUAAGGAAGAUUCUUAUUUUUCUAAUCAAACUAAUCUAUUUAAAGUUAUUUACUUUAAUUGUUUAAUUAAACCAAUUGAAGAGAGGAUUUUUAUUAACAAUAACAUUCAAAUGAUUCCUAAAUAUUUAGAAGAGUUAUUUAAGAAAGGUUUUAAUGUUUUUAGUUCUUUGAAUUUAAAAGAUCAUUAUGAUUUUAAUGAUAGUAGUUUUUCUGUUAGUGGUGAUUUAUUAAUAUUAGAUAGAUCUUUUGAUUAUUUUACUCCUUUAAUUCACUUCCUCACCUACAAAUCAAUGUUAUAUGAAAUUGAUUCCAAUGAUGAUUCAUUAAAUGAAUUUAAAAAUGAUGUAUUAUGGCCUGAUCUUAGAUAUCAACAUACUGCAAAUAUUAACAAUAUUCUUAAAUACCAUAUUAAUAAACUAACAUCUAAUAUGGAAAAAUUAAACAAAGAGGGGUCAAUUGGUGAACUUUCUAAAAUGGUUAUGGAUGCUCCUGAAAAUUCCAAAAUUAAAGAAAGUAUAAAUAGACAUUCUAAAAGUUUGCAAGAUUGUUUUACUAAAUUAGAAAAGUUACAAGCUAAAACUUCAGAGGAUCCUUAUUUUAAGAAUUUAAUUGAAUCUGAACUGAUAUUAGCAACUAACAGAAGACAGGGUGAGAAAGUCUCUAAAUUUGAAUUAUCUAGUAUUUUUGAAAUAUUCCAGAAUACUUCUAUUGCUAAAGAUGAUAAAUUAAGAUUACUUUAUUUACUUAAGUUGAAAAAUCUUAAAUUUACAGCUACUGAAAUGAACAUUCUACAGCAAUUUGGAUUUAAGUCUGAGGAUAUUAAUUUGAAAAUUGAUACUUCUAAUCAGUAUAAAAGAAAAGAAUUUAAACAGAUUAGCAAGUUUGAAAUUUCUAGGUUUGAGCCUUUUCUUAGAGAUAUAAUUUUAGAAUUUUUAUCUGAUGAUCAUUCCUUUUUUAGUAAAAAUAAUAAUUUAAGUGUUAAAGAAAAAAAGGACAAUGUUUUUAGUUUAAGAAGAACUAAAAUGAUUUAA